AGGCAAGAUUGGGCAUUUUAAUUUUUAAAAAGCGCCCACGGUCUCCGGCAAUUAAAAAAUGUGAACGAUUAAAAUAAAUUUGAUGUUCUUGACUGCUUGAAUAGUGAAAAUAUUUGAAUUCCUGCGACAACUUGUUAUUAUCGAAAAGAACAAAUUGCUGUGAGCGCUUAUGUUAAUUUUUAUUCUGAAAAUUAUUGUGCUGAAGAGUAUGUGUGCCUAAAUUAAUUUUUUGUGAUUUAUUUUGUGAAGUUUUAAUAUAAAAUUGAUUUGCACUAAAAUAAAUUCUAAUUCAUAAUGGCGCAACAUAGCAGACUUGUUUUCCGUGGAUUAUCAGUGUGCAUAAUUUUAACUGCAUUAUUAGCAAGUUCCUUAAACGGUGUAAUAGCAGAUGAUGAUGUACCACUGGAAUCACAAUGCAGGCCGUACGUCGAAAAGGCGCUAAAACAACUUGAAACCGGAGACACGACGGAAGAUUCACCCGCAAGCGAUGUGGAUGAUACAAGUAGUGAAAAUCUUGUUCUGGAGUCGAUAGAACACGACUCUGCACAAGAUGGUGACGAUAUAUCCACGGAGGCAGCCGAACAAAAUCGAAGCGACAUCGAAACCAAUGAGGAAGACGUCGAAGAAGGACAUAAUGAAUCGGAAGAAGAAGCUAGUGAUAAAAUCAGCGUGGAAAACGAUGAAGACGAUACUAGAGAAGGGCAUGAACAAACACAAGAAGUUGAUGAUGAAAGCAAAGAAGGUCAUAAUGAUAAUGGUGAAGAGGAGGAGCACAAAGCCAGUGAAGAUGGUGAACACUUAGAUCAGUCGGCGGAGAAGUCUGCGGAAGAACAUGAUGAAGCUGCAGAAAGUGCAGAAACUAUUGAAAUCGGCGUUGAAACAGUUGAAGAAUCAGUUGAAGCUGCAGAAGUAAGCAAUGAAGAAGGCACGCAUGAAGAAGAGACACAAGAAGAAGAGACACAAGAAGGAGAGACACAAGAAGAAGAGACACAAGAAGUUGAGUCACUAGAAAAUGACGUGCAAGAAAAUGAAAUGAACGAAGAAAGUGAAGAGCAUGAAGAAAGCGUACAGGAUGACGAUAAUGAAGUUAAAGAAGAUGAAACACAAGACGAGACUACUGAACAUUCUCUUGAACAAGAGGCAAGUGAAAAUGACGAAGAUGAUACGACCGCCGAAACUCAGGAACAGAGCGAAGAAGAUGCCAUAGAUACUGGCGCUGAAAGUGCAGAAAACAAAGAAGAUAGCGUGGAGGAAGAGGAAGACAAAACUAAUGAUGCAGCUGUAAAUGAAAUGGAUGGGGACCAGGAAUCCACUGAGCAUUCAGAUCAACCGAACGAAUCGACAGAAACAGCAGAGGAAAAAAGUGAAGAACAUGAGCAAGAGGCCGAAGAAGAAAAGGAUAAUUCUGAAGAGAAAAGUGUAGAGGAAGAAGUAGUAUCAGAAUCAAAGGCGCAUGAAACUGAAGGAGCACAAGAAAACAAAGUAUCUGAAGAAAAUACUGAAGAUGACCGACAAGACAGUGACGAAGUGAGUAUCAAAACGCCAGAAACGAAAGAUGAAGAAACAAACGAGGAAGAAGCUGGCGAAAGUGAAGAAUCGCAUCCAGAAGAAGAUUUAUUAUUGGGCUUCGACAUUCCUGAAAAUCUACGUGAUCGCAGCCACAUUGACGAGCUGUUACAUUUGGGCGAAGAACACGCCGAUAAAGACCGACAGCUUGACAAAUCAGCUGAUAUCAUUUUGCGUGAAUUGAAACGGUUGUAUGAUAAUGCGAUAAAACCUUUGGAGACUCUUUACAAAUAUCGUGAUUUAAGCAACCGUCAUUUCGGUGACCCCGAGAUAUUUUCAAAACCGCUGGUUCUGUUUAUGGGACCAUGGAGUGGAGGAAAGAGCUCCAUUUUGAACUAUCUUACAGACAAUGAAUUCACACCUUACUCUUUAAGAUCAGGAGCGGAACCAUCUCCGGCAUAUUUCAACAUUUUAAUGCACGGUGAAGAGCCAGAAAUUCUAGAUGGAACACAGCUUGCAGCAGACUGGACAUUCUCAGGACUUCAAAAAUUUGGACAGGGCCUGGAGGAGAGAUUACGUGGUUUGAAAAUUCCCAGCAAAUUGCUGGAAAAAGUAAACAUGGUUGAGAUUCCUGGAAUUUUGGAAGUUCGGAAGCAGGUAUCGAGACUAUUUCCAUUCAACGAUGCUUGUCAGUGGUUCAUCGACCGAGCAGAUAUAAUAUUCCUGGUAUACGAUCCAUCCAAAUUGGACGUCGGACCAGAAACAGAAGCUAUUUUGGAUCAGCUAAAAGGACGAGAAUAUCAAACUCGCAUCAUCUUGAAUAAAGCUGACCAAGUUAAGCCGGAGGAGUUGAUGCGCGUUCAGGGCGCCCUUAUCUGGAAUAUCUCCCCGCUGAUGUCGUCAGCCCAGCCGCCGGUCAUGUACACUGCUUCACUCUGGUCUAUACCAUAUGAGUCUGGUGCGCCAGUCAGACUUCUGCAGGCCCAGGAGAGAGAGCUGCUAAAAGACUUAAGAGGAGCCAUCGAUAAGAGAAUCGAUAAUAAAAUUGCCAGCGCUAGACGAUUUGCGGUUCGCGUACGCAAUCACGCCAAGAUGGUUGACUGUUACUUGACGACUUAUUAUAACCAUAAGACAUUGUUCAGCAAUAAGAAGUUGAUAUCAAAUGCCAUCAUCGAGCACCCACAAGAUUACCACAUUUACGAGGGAUUGAGCACGCUGACUAAUAUCUCACGUUAUGAUCUUCCCGAUCCUGAUGUCUACCGUGACUUCUUCCGGCUGAACCCUCUCUACGACUUUCAGCAGUUGUCGGCCACUUGUACGUAUUUCCGUGGUUGUCCCAUCAACAAGUUAGAUGUGGCCAUUGCCUACGAUUUGCCUGAACUGGUUGGAAAAUACAAGAAGAUGAUUGAAAAAGAGGAAAAAGUCAAAGCGCAUGAUAAAAGCUGAAAAAAUCCACAAUAGAAAACAAGAGAAUGGGGAAAUGACGCGUUCAUUUUUCAAAUCAUGUAUGUUCACAUUUCACAUUGUUAUAUUCAUAUAUGCCGGUGAGAUUAGAUUUCAACUUGCGGGAAUUGCGAGGUACCUAGUCUUGAUUUUGUGUUAAAAUUUGAAAAUAUUUUUUUCCUCUAAGUUUCAAAAGAACAGCGUUUACAUUUUACAAUAUCGUAAUGACGAAUCUUUCAAUUUUCCAUGCUGAUUUUAUUGCGAUGAAUGUUGAUACGAACGCGUUUACCGGCUCAUUCUCUGCCUACUUAUUGUUAGUCGUGCGCAAACUUACGAUAAAAUUCAGCGCUUGCACGGGUCUACACGUCUCAUUGUCAGA